CCUGCUACUGCUCCGGGUUGAGUCAGCCGCCUCUGCCGCCCAGGCCGCCGCAGCGCUCCUUGGUGCUGCUGUUCCCUGCGCUCGCCCCAGCCCCCGGCGCCGCUCCAGACCCCGGGUUAUUGAGUGCUUUGGUCUUUUCCUACUUCCUGGAAAUAUCUCAGUGGCUUAUAUAUAAACACCUCCAGAAUAUGACCUUUGGAUGCUUGUGCCUAAUUGUGCCUGACUGUAUCCGUAUAUCUGUUGAACUAAUGAGGAGAUCAUGAAUCAGGCAGAUAAAAAUCAACAAGAAAUUCCAUCAUACCUUAGUGAUGAACCACCAGAAGGUUCGAUGAAAGAUCACCCACAGCAGCAACCAGGCAUGUUGUCCCGUGUGACCGGGGGUAUCUUCAGUGUUACAAAGGGAGCUGUUGGUGCCACCAUUGGUGGUGUGGCUUGGAUUGGAGGAAAGAGUCUGGAGGUGACCAAAACGGCUGUUACAACUGUGCCUUCCAUGGGAAUAGGGCUGGUGAAAGGGGGUGUAUCUGCUGUCGCUGGAGGUGUUACAGCUGUUGGGUCUGCUGUUGUCAACAAAGUGCCCUUAACAGGAAAGAAGAAAGACAAAUCUGACUAAAAUAUGGAGAUACAGUUGCUCUCCACAGCAUUAUGAUGCCAGUGGCAUUGAAUUGCUAAAUAUGGACUACAACCAAGUCACCUGUUUUGGACAUUUAUCUUCUAAACUGCUGUGUUGAAAGUAUUGAUGACUGGUUUUCGCCUAAGAGAAGAGACCAAUACUAGCACAGUGUUUGAAGGUUUCACAUGUUACUAAGUUCCAGCUUUUUAUCUGGUUAAAAUGUUACACUUACUCAGCUGUAACUGAAGAUAUGGUAUGUUUGAAUAUUUACUCUCUUUCAGUUUGACUAAAAAUGUGAAAGUUGAAUUUAGAUGAUCUUUUAAAGUUCCUCAUGUAUAAUGUGCCAGGUAACGCAUUCACCCACCCCUUAAGAAGGGAACCUUGAACUACAUAAACUGUACCUUUGAUGUGCCUAAUAGUUUCAGAUGUCUUAGUUUUUUAUAACUGUAGUUGAUUAGGACAAGAGGCAUGCGUUUCUUAUGUAAGCUGGCAAAAUUAGCAGGAAUUAGAAGAGUUUAAAAGAUAAGUGGUUUUAUGAUACUGAGUGUUAACCUCAUCUUUUGUUAGAUAGGCAUUCUCUUCAUUUAGUCAUUGAUGCCUUACAAAAGAAAGCAUCUUUUUUAAUAUCCUAAAUAUGUGCAGUUCUUAGAAUUUAUGGAUUCUUUUAAAGGUUCUUUGUGAAAUUAGUUUUCCCUCUUAAGAAUCUCAGGAGUAGUGGGGAAGGCAUUUCUUGCUGUUAGGGGAGAAGAUAGUGCCCGUUAACUGUCUUGUCAGUUGUGAGAAUCUAAUCAUACUCCUCAAGUUGGGCUCAUGCUCCAUCGUUAAUCACCUCACAGUGCCUAAAGGACAUUUCUUUACUGGUCAGAAGCUAUGUUGGACGAGUUUCAUAUUAAAAAGAAACACAAGGAAAAAAUAAUUUAAAAUUCCUAAAAAGCGUCCAAGAAACAAGAAGAAUCCUUCACACCUGUCCUGUCCCUCAGUUAUCUUAAAUUAUUAGUAGUACCUGUUUUUUAAAAACACAAUACAAGUAACCAAGUUAUGUGAGGACUUUUAAAUUAAAUGGGCACCAUAGAUUAGUUUUGAACGUAAAAUAUUUGUAAGUGCUUUCCAUGGUUUCUGUAGACUUUUAAAAUGUGUUAUCUUAUAGUCCUUUAAAGCAGCUGUAGACUUUACCAUUUUCAAGGAAAUUUUGAGUAGGGAACUGCAGCUUUGAUUAUGGAUGCUAAGUGUGUCGUGUCGUAUUAAAACGUCCCAUCAUGUCUCGCUCGUUCGCAGAGCGUAUGACUUAGCUGAAAUGUUUUUUUGUGCUGUUAUUAUUGUUCAUGUUCACUUUCAUGAAAAUUUAACAACUAAAGAAAAAAAAAAUAUAUAUAUAGGUAUUCCUCUUAACUAUGAGUUACAGCCCAAACCUGAACAGUUUCUAAUUUUCUUUAUACUUAAGUCUAGAAGUUAGUAUCAUUCUGCUGACGUUUCUGCGGGGUGGGAAGGGGAGGAGAGGAGCUGACGCUUUCCAGUGAAUAAACCCAGAUAGCACCCUUGAGACCUGGAGAGAGGUCACUCGUAAUGCCUGACAUUUAAAUGUCUGUAAACCACAUGAUUAUUUUAAUCAUGUGGACCAGCAAAUGAAAGGAAUAGAAGUUUAAUUUUAAAAAGCCUUCAUAAAUACCAGCAGAGAUUCUAAGCAAAUCUGCAAAGGUUCUUGAACCUUUUUCCUAAAUACAAAACUGAAAAGUCAGUAGGAAGUUCAAUUCAUCAGGAAUUAAGUGGUUAUUUAUUUCACACAGUAUGAUUUAAGUAGAAUUCAUUGGCAUAUCUGGCCAGAUGUCAUAAUUAGCAAAUGAGAUUUUUAAAAAAUGACAAUAAAUGAAUACUAAAUAAAGAUCUAAAUGAUGGUUUGGAGAACUUGUUUCCUGCUAUGUGGAAGAAGUGAUGGCUUCACUGCUAGUUCAUGUUUCUAAUUUAUCUUCUCUAGUCACAGGCUCUGCUCUCCUUUGUACCUGAGCUUCGAAGAUAGACUUUAGUUUGCGUGCAUAUUUAUUUUCAACUUUGUCUUUAAAAUUGUUGAGGGAAAAUUGUUGUAAUUAAUUUCUGAUAGAGAAAAGCCACCUGGUACACUGUAGCUCAUCACAAUUGUUUUAAAUUCUAAACGGCAGCUUUGUCCAGAGGGGCUUCUGCAGUGACAGCAGGGACUGUACCGGUGUGCAGCUCGCUACAGGUUCUUGUUGGAACGGACUUGCCAUGGGUGAGGUGUACAGCUGUAUAACUGAGUCUUCUCCAGUUUAUUUACAUAGACUAGCGAUUCGACCUGUUUGACAGGACUAGUUCACUUCAAGAAACGAAGGUGGUUGUGUACACCUGGAGGCAUCUGUUAUUCAACUUAGUUUUUGAGUGGGUGUUUGGCACAAUCAGGAUGAACUUGUGCAGGCCACUUGAAUGACUGAUCUAAUAGUGUUGACAUUAUGAAUCCUGUACUUAGUGAAAUGUCAGAUGAAAAUAACUGAUGAUUGAAACUUUUUUUUUUGUAUCAAAGGGAUGGGAGAACAACACAUGAAUCUGUUAAUAAAGCACUAUGAUCUGCAAAAGAUGAAAUGUUUUCAUAAAGAUCUAAAGAAAUAAAGGAAAUUUUAAAACAG